UGAGCCCGAACGAAUGUAUUGUAUUUGGAAUUCAAAAUUACAACAGUCAUCAAUACUAAGAAGUCAUUGAUUUAUUUAAACAUCACAAUGAUAUAAUUUUAAAACGAUCCACAUUUGUGUUUUCAUUGUGUUAAUUGGUAGAUAGUGAAUGUGGGCAGCAUAGGGCGUACUUGUAAAAGUCUCACCACUGGGUAGGGUCAGUGAAAUGUACGAGUUGUUCGGUUAUGUAGCUGUGGUAAUUGUACUAACUAAUGAUUCCUUCGUACGUGAUUGCGCUCUGAUUACCAAUUGCGAACAUAACACGUUCGUUUGUGCUCACCAUGUUCUGACUGCCUUAAAUAAGACUGUUUCGGAAUUUCCUCUUCAGUACAUUAAUUCGAAUACUUCUAAUUAUAAUACUGACGUUGCGAUUGAUCCAAUUCUCAAAUUGUUGGAUAUUAGUUCAAGUGCGGAUAAGUUUGAAGACCACAUGGAGCGAUGUGAAUUCUGGUGCAUGAACGGAAAAGAUAUUAACAAUGAUGGAUUCACAGCUUAUUUGCUGGUUGUCACCAUCAAAGAAACUUAGAACCUGCUCAAGUAUAUGGCUUUUCCACAAAAACCAAUUU